CUUCUCUAAUUCGCAUUCAUCAUCUAAUUAAACAAAUUGAAGGGAAGAAAAAAUAACUCUUAAAAAAGAGCGUGUGAUAUAAAUGACAUUCAAAUUACACAACCAAUGAAGGAUCCGGACGAAGACUGUAAAACGCUGAAACAAAAUUCCAGGCCAGCAUUCCUUGCCUGAUUCUGAAAUGGCCAUUGUUUCUGACACUUUCCGGUCGUCAUUAACUUUGAUCAUUGUCGUCUCUUUUGUAAUAAUGUUCAUAAGGAAGGUGAAUUCGGCUGCCACGGAGUCAGAGGCAUUGUUGAAACUCAAGCAGUCUUUUACAGGGCAAGAAGCUCUUGUUUCCUGGAAAACGGAAACAUUGCCGUGCGACAAGAAAAAUCCAUGGGUUGGUGUUAUUUGUCUUAACAAUGGAAUGGUGGCGGGUUUACGCCUGGAUCAAAUGAGUUUAUCAGGAAAAAUAGAUGUAGAGGCCCUGAUUCAGAUUCCAGGUAUACGAAGCCUCAGCAUUUCUUUUAACAAUUUUUCAGGCCAGAUCCCGGAAUUCAACAGGUUAGGUGCCCUGAAGGCCAUUUACCUGACAGGGAAUCAGUUUUCGGGGGAGAUUCCGCAUGAUUAUUUUGUAAAAAUGGAGUCUUUAAAGAAACUCUGGCUUUCUACUAACAGGUUCAGUGGUCAAAUUCCAUUGUCAUUGGGUCAAUUGCCUCACCUGAUUGAGUUGCAUCUCGAAGGGAACCAAUUUUCGGGCAUAAUCCCUCCGUUAGAGCAACCAACAUUGAUGUCCCUUGACCUUUCAAAUAACAAUCUAAGGGGAGAAAUUCCACGAAGCUUGUCGAGAUUUAAUAUGAGUUCGUUCCAGGGGAACCCUGGAUUAUGUGGGGAAAAAGUAGGUCUUUUGUGCAGGGGCACCCCUGUAGAUGCAUUUACCAAUAACAAAGAUUUGGAAGAUGACUCGAAAAUGAUCGCGUACGGGUUCCUAGUAGCGUCGAGCGUCAUGCUUUUGCUUAUGGUUUGCGGGAUUUACGCCCUCAGGCGAAGGCAAGAAUCCGAAUCAACCACCCUGAAGGAGAAAGAAAGCGCACUUGAGGACUCAAUUGUUGGAGUAAAAAUAUUGAGUACUUCUAAAAAGGAAUUGAGCGAAAGCAAGAAAAGGUUUGGCUCGAUACGCAAGGCGUCUAACAAGGUUGGUGACCUUGUGAUGGUGAAUGAAAAGAAGGGCGAGUUCGGAUUGGCAGAUCUGAUGAAGGCGGCCGCAGAGGUCCUCGCGAAUGGCACGAUUGGGUCAUGUUACAAGGCGUCGAUGACGAAUGGACUGACCGUUGUGGUGAAAAGGAUCAAAGAGGUUAAUCGGAUUGGAAAAGAUGUGUUUGAUGCUGAGAUCAAACGGUUCGGGAGAUUGAAACAUAAGAAUGUGUUGACUCCAUUGGCUUACCAUUUCAGGAGAGAUGAGAAGCUCUUGGUUUGUGAAUACAUGCCAAAAGGAUGCUUGCUUCAUCAAUUGCAUGCUGACAGGGGAGCAAGUCAUGCUGAGCUGAACUGGCCAGCACGUUUGAAGAUAAUUCAAGGAAUAGCUCAGGGAUUAGGGUACCUUCACACUCAACUUUCCUCCCUUGAAAUCCCUCACGGCAAUCUCAAAUCCAGCAAUGUCCUCCUGAGCCUAGAAAACGACGCGUUACUCGUCGAUUACGGCUACACUAGCCUAAUCAGCAAUAAGGCCAAACAAUCCCUUUUCGCAUACAAAUCGCCCGAGAUUCUUGUACAGCAGCAGCAACAAGUCGUCGCGCUUUCUCCCAAAUGCGACGUUUAUUGCCUCGGGAUAAUCAUUCUUGAAGUAAUGACGGGUAAAUUUCCUACCCAGUACCUUGGUACUGGUACUGGAGGAACAGAUGUUGUGCAGUGGGCGAAAUCAGCAGUGGCUGAAGGAAGAGAAUCCGAGUUGUUUGAUCCGGAAAUGGCGAGUUCCGGGAGUUAUUUGACAGGGGAAAUGGAAAAACUCCUCCACAUUGGAGUAGCCUGUACAGAAAACAAUCCGGAUCAGCGGUUGGAAAUUAGCGAAGCCAUUAGGAGAAUACAGGAGAUUCAAGUCUUGAUAGAAAAAAGUAACAACAACAUUAGUGAUAGUAGUAAUAAUAGGUCUUUCCAGGUUCUUCCUUCCCUCAGAGAUGGAUAUGCCGACUCAGUCGUCCCCGUGGCUCCAACUGAUAAUUCAAAUGCGCCCCAAAGUUACAACACAAUCAAUAUUGGGAAUGUUCCAGGCAAUCGGAACAAUAGUUUCACAUUUGAGGCCUCUUGAGAAAAAAAAAAAAAAAAAUCGCAGUCACAUAGCAUUUUGAGGCCUUUGCGUAUUCCUAUGUUUGGAGAUUGAAACAGAAGAAAAAGGAGAAAAUGAGAGAGGAAAUCAACUGUGAAGAGUUGAUUUUUUGGGGGGACCAAUUUGGUUUCUCGAUUUUGACUGAGGGAUUUUUCACGCAUCGUUUGGAAUCAAAAUUGCAGAGAGAAUGUGGUAUGGAAUUAAGACAAGAACAAGCGAACAUGGGACACUUUUUCUUUGGUUUUUUUCGUUUAGGUGCUUUUCUUCUUCUUCCUCCUUUUUUUGUCUCCUUUGUAAGGGGUGAAGUUUUAGUAGCUAUGUAAUUUUGGUGUAGAGUUUGAUCAGGAGAUAUAAAUUCCCAAGCUGACAUUUAGGUUAUUAUUAAUAGUAAUAUACACAGAUUUACAAUGC